ACCAAGCACGCUAACUCGACGAUGCCCCGCACGUGGUGCUGAAAUCUCCUUCUCGCGCAUCUCCUCUCUUUUUUUCCCUCCCUCCUCCCUCCCCCUUCACUCUCCCUCCACUGGUCCCCCCUGUGUCUCUCUCUCUCUCUCUCUCUCUUACACGCACACCAUCCUCUGUCAUGGCGUCUUCCAACAAUGUUACCCCCACCAACUGUAGCUGGUGGCCCAUCUCAGCCGUGGAGGAGGACGGCAGGAUCCCGGACGGGGAGGACGGCCACGAGCCGGCGGCCGUAGAGCACAAGCCGUUCUCCAAAGACAGGCUGGUGCUGUACCACUGGACGCAGUCCUUCAGCUCUCAGAAGGUACGUCUGGUGAUUAAUGAGAAGGGUCUGCUGUGUGAGGAGCGGGAUGUGAGCCUCCCUCUGACUGAGCACAAGGAGCCCUGGUUCAUGAGGCUCAACCUGGGAGAGGAGGUGCCUGUGUUCAUCCAUGGAGACACCAUCGUCAGUGACUACAACCAGAUCAUCGAGUACUUAGAGACCAACUUUGUGGGGGAUACAGUAGCUCAGCUUAUUCCAGAUGAAGGCACUCCUAUGCGUGCCCGGGUACAGCAGUACCGAGAGCUGCUGGAUGGCCUGCCUAUGGACGCCUAUACGCAUGGCUGCAUCCUCCACCCCGAACUCACCACUGACUCCAUGAUCCCAAAGUACGCCACUGCUGAAAUACGUAGACACUUGGCCAACGCAGCAUCUGAACUGAUGAAGCUAGACCAUGAGGAACCACAACUGACAGAGCCAUACCUUUCCAAGCAGAAAAAACUCAUGGCAAAGAUCUUGGACCAUGACAAUGUGAACUACCUGAAGAAGAUCCUUGGUGAGUUGGCAAUGGUGCUAGACCAAGUUGAAGCAGAACUUGAGAAGAGAAAACUGGAAUAUCAAGGUCAAAAGUGUGAAUUGUGGCUUUGUGGACCUGACUUUACACUAGCUGAUAUAUGUCUCGGGGCCACGUUGCACAGGCUCAAGUUCUUGGGACUCUCAAAGAAAUACUGGGAGGAUGGGAGUCGACCCAACCUCCAGUCGUUUUUCGAGAGGGUGCAGAAGCGCUACGCUUUCCGCAAGGUGUUGGGAGACAUCCACACUACCUUACUAUCAGCAGUUCUACCCAAUGCAUUCCGAAUGGUAAAAAAGAAGCCGCCGUCCUUCUUUGGGGCCUCCUUCUUAAUGGGGUCCCUAGGGGGGAUGGGCUAUUUUGCCUAUUGGUUUUUAAAAAAGAAAUACAUGUAGUGAAUGCCCUCCUGUUGUGUUCUGUAUCUGUGUAUUUGUGUGAUGUUGCAACUUUUCUGUACCAGAUGUUUUACGGCAGCAGGAAAAAUACGCUGUGCAGAGAAAACACUAUUAUCUGGUUGAACAAAGAAAAUAAGAACAUUCCAUGACAAGGAAUCCUUCUUAACAGCACAUUCUCUGGUAAUCAAUGCCUUCAUUCCUUUCUUUUUCUAAUUUUGGUUCCCCAAGGUUUACCAAGUAGGUCAUGGAUUUUCUUUAAUUUGUAGCUUGCCUACAGCCUGGUUAUAGUCAGCUAAUUGAAAAGUCACUAUCCAAUUUAAUAGCACUACAGAUUCCUCCCAUGUGGGCUGUUUUAGCAUCAUAUGCCUACCUAUAAUAGCAUGAAACCCCCAAACACUGUAGUAAGUGUAUUAUAUAUUUUAGGCAUUCACCUUUUGCACUUUAAUCUACUGUUGAUUUAGGGUUUCCCAUUCAAACCCUGACAAUUAAAGAGACGUUAUUUCUGCUGCAGCCAGAUACUGCCAAACUUAAUAAGGAAUUCACAUUUGUUCUCACUCACUCAGUGUAGGUCACAGCACACAGGCACUUAGAAUUUUCUUUAGUAGAAUGUAACUCAUCAGCAUUGGCAUCUGGAUGAAUGGAGACUGAUGGCUGAGUUGUACUUGUAGAGAUCACUAAGGUCAUUAAAAAGUACUAGUGCUGGGGUCAUAAUAAACUGUGGACAUCCAAAAAUGCUUGAUUGGCAUGCAAUUCAAUGGGAUUUAGACACCAGGAGUGACCAACACCAGUUCUGUAGUUUUAAGGUUUUUGUUAACACAUCCGAUUCUACAAGCUCUUCAUGGACUGAAUCAGCUGUGUUAGAGCAGGGAAAACUCUAAAAUGUGCAGUGGUGUGGUACACCAUGACUGAAUUUUGACACAUUGCCAUACAGGGAUGUCCAGUGUUUUUUAAAGGAACAUUUUAGGAUUCCUGCUCACAUAAUAUCUCAAAAAUGAGAAUUUCUUCCUCACCUGAACGUAGUUUCAGGGAGUUUGAUUGUGGCUUUGGUUGUUGUCAUUUUGUUCAUUUAUUUGUUUGAUAUUGGAUAUGGGUUUUUGUUUUUAUUUACAUGAUCAAUGUGGCUAGUAACACUGAUUAAAGACUCUACAGGUGUACAGUGAAAUGCUAUUUCCCAAAACACAAAAAAGAUGAUAGGAUAGUGUUAAAGAAAAUCUGAAGGUCUGUUAAUAUUAAAAGCAAAAAUAUAUAGAAAAACACCAACUAUACACUAAUGGCUAUAUUUAAGGCUUAAACCAAUGAAUGAAUAGGACUACAGAUAGUUUGAAAGAAGUUUAAUUAGCACAUCAAACUCUUGAAAAUAUGGACCAUUGGAAAUAUAUUUGACCAAAGAUACAGAUAAAAAGUUUAACUUUACUAUUUGUUAAGGGUGCAUUUUUCUGCUCCAGGUAACUUAAAAAAAGCUAAUAGAUGAAAUUCAGUAGUAAUUUUGACUUAAUGAAAACUAGUAGUGAAUGUCAGGUGAAAUGUUUUUUUGUUCAGAGGAACGUACCACUACCACUGUACACUACACUGUAUAAAGAAUGCAUCAUAUACCACCUUAUAAGCCAUAAAUAACUGAGGAAAGGUACCCCCAACUCACGUCUGUAAUGACAAAAUGAGGCACUUUGUUAAGAACAUCUUGAACAGUGUAAAUCACUAAUGUCAUGCAAUGCCUCCACCAACAGUACAGGUGUCCCUCAGAAUCUAAAGAAGCAAACAAUUACUGAACAUUACUGUGGCCAUUAUAGUUCACAACAGAUGUUUUAUUUUUAUUUUUUAUUUUUAUAUUUAUAUGAUAUGCAUUUAUUUACGGUGCUUUUUACGAUGUUUGUUCAUAAGCCUUAAUUGGUUCAGUUGCCAUCAAUUACAAUAAAUGAAAACGCUUAACAGAAA